AUGUAAACAAUGAUAAGAUACGAUUCAAAAAACGACAAUUUCCAGUGCAACUUAAAUUCCGUUAUAAGCCGAGAUUGAAAUACGGGUAAUUUAAAAGCCGUUUAUAUUUGGAUGUUUAAAUAGAGAGACUUAAAUUCAUACAGAAAUGGCUGGAAUCUGUGGUCAUCCAUAUUGGAUGUUAUUCAUAGCGGUUUUGAUUAAAUGUCUACGUAUAAUAGAAUCACAGGGGCCGGCAACAACUGAACCACCGCCACCACCACAAUUAUACCUCUACACAAACGACAUUCCAGUUUGGCUGCAAGUGUUGCUAGGGAUCACAGCAUGUUGUGCUGCGUUACUGUUGUUGACCUGUCUGUUGUUAUGUUGUAUGAGACUAUGUGGGUGUUGGACGGGGAAUAUUCUGGGUGUUGGUGCGUUGAGGCGUCCCGUAGAUGAUACAGACCAUCUCGGAUGUUGGUGUUGCCGACCAACUUAUGUGUCUAGCAGAAGUCGCUUAGAUGACGGACAAAUAUCUUAUGUAAAUGUAUUAAAUACAAGCAGAAGAAGUACACCAAUAACACCUAAAACAUGGAUGCCACAUUCACAACCUGUCCGCAACAACAACUCCAGUACGCAAUAACAACACAUGGUUGAAAUUGAAAAAAUAAUGGACAAGAAUAAAACUAUCUGUAUUUAAGAGAACUUGUAAAAUAUGAAAUUAUGAUCUGUUAAAAUGUAUUUACUAUCAAAAACUGCUCAAAGUUUUAUUUUACGACAAAAGCCAUAGGUUUGUGGGUAUGUGUGGCUAACUGAAUGUUUUCAAAGGAGAUUUUACACAGUAUAAAUGAAGAAUGUUAUUAUAUAAAAUUCUUGAUACGGUAAUAGAAACAUGUCCAUAAACUAUUCCGUUAGGAGACAUGGAAUUGUGGUUUAUUUUAUUUAUUAAGAUAAUUCUUGUCAAUGAUGUUAAGUAUGGUGGCAUAUUUCUGCCACCAGAUAACCAUAUAACUAACUAGUUAAUUAAGAGGUUAACUAGUUACGUAACUCGUUAACCUCUUAAUUAACUAGUUAGUUAUGUGGUUAACUAGUUACGUAACUACGUAACUAAAUAUUUUCAAUAAAUAAAAGAUCAUAACGGGAAAUAAAUGCAUGUUAGUGCCUACAACUGCCAUCCUUUUAUUAUUUUACCAGGUUAACUAGUAACGUAACUAGUUAACCUCUUAAUUAACUGGUUAGUUAUAUGGUUAUCUGGUGGCAGAAAUAUGCCACCAUAAUUAAUAACUCUACCUACUAUGUAAUUAAGUAUGUCAACUAAACAUAAUACUUUCAUAUUAUACAUCUUUACUCAUUUUCUAAACCAUAAUCCACGGGAAGACCUAAUCUAUUUUUCGUAUACACUUUUCGUUAAGGUUUUCUAGCUGGGGGCACUGUGGUGACAAGGAUGAGAAAAUAACAUUAUAUAAAUGAAUGUAAAAACUAUCUCACAAAACCAUCUGUUUAUAAAUAUCAUAUAAUAUAAUUAAUAAACCGCCGUAUUACAAUGUUCUCCUAACGAAUAUUUAUAUAAUCGCAUUUCAAAUUAUAUUAUAAAUGUAAUGUGAAAAAUUUUGAAACUGUAUCAUACCACAUGUUUAGUUUUUUUUACUGAUCUUCUUUAUAUUUAUUUGUAUGACUAUUCUUUAUUGUAUGAUUGUAUGUAUGUCUUUCCAAUAAAUGGCGUUCCA